AUGGCUGUCUUGGAUAUACUUUCAACUCAUUCACCUGAUGAGGAAUACAUAGGAGAAAAGAUGGAACCAUCAUGGGGUGAAGACCCCGUCAUAAAGAAUGCCUUUGAAAGAUUUAGAGAAAGACUGAAGAAACUAGAAUCAGUGAUUGAUGAGAGGAAUGAAAAUACAAAAUUAAUGAACAGAAAUGGAGCUGGCAUUGUCCCAUACGAGCUGUUGAAACCUUUCUCAAAGCCAGGUGUGACUGGAAUGGGGGUUCCCUGCAGUAUAUCUAUUUAA